UCCGAAACUGUUAUGUACGAUUUGACCCGUCCUCGAGCUGGAGCUGCCCUUUCUACCUACAAGCAUCGCCUGGGCUCGUGGGAAAAAUGUCUCAUUAUUUGCAGAAAGUGUGUUAUAAAAUUCUUAAUGAAUACUUUGGGGACAUUGUUGCCAAGGUUGGAGAAGGGCUGUUCCAGAAGGGAAGUAAUCCACUGCGAGUUAUAGCUGCAUACACCAAGCUUCCUCUCUCUAAGGUGUCUGAAGCAUUGGCAGUUCUGGUGCAGCACAACCUUGUCACGUGGGAUAAAUGGCGGCCUGGAAUACCAUGCUAUACCCUUCUCCAUGAUCGUGUCCUCCUCAUUUUGCGCUUUCCGAGGUAUGUGUAUCUGGUCCGUGAGCAGUUUGGUGAAGAGGGGGAAAUGGUGGUGGAUGUUUUGUUAAAGGAAGGACAAGCCACUGCCUCUCACAUCAUAAUUACAUCCUGUGUUAAGCUACUGGAGGCAUCUGACAGUGACACUGCUGGCAGUGGAAGCAGCUAUGAACAGCGUCACAUUACAAUUAGAAAUCACCUUCUAAAACUUAUUGAGAAUGAGUUUAUUCAACGGUGUCCUUGUCCUCAAGAUCCUACCAAACGAGUUCCAGUUCUUUCUAUCAAAGAGGAAGAUCUGUAUAGUUUACCUGCAGAUUUACUUGACCUGAAAGCCUUGCAGCAGGAGAUACAACAUCGGCAUACAGAAACUACCGACCCCAGCUUCACCCACCCUGACAGUCAGGUGUUCUGGAGACUCAACUAUGAUAGAUUCCACAUUGAGUUUAGGGACAGUGAAAUUCGCAACAGCAUUGUUAGAAGAGUUGAUCCCUUAGCAGGAGAAUGCCUUGGUGCCAUGCUGAAGCUGUCAUACAAAGUCUCAGACCCCUGGGCUCCAGUUAUGAAUGUUGUCACAGCGGCAGAUGUCAGGGACCAACUCAAGGAUCUGAAGUAUCUUGAUCAGUAUUUUAAGAUAUUAGAGGAGCAGAGUGGAGAUUGCGUGCAAAGAGUAGGUGAUGCUGGUGGUGGAGAAUAUAGGCUUAAUAUGGCUAAUGCAUUCCAGUCCCUUACCCACACUCUGAUUUAUAACAUAGUGCAAGAGAGGUUUGGCUCCAAAGCAGCUCGCAUUUUCAGGUUGAUACACAAAAACCAGAUGAUGGAACAAGACAUGAUUGGUGAAGUCAGCAUGAUUGGAAAAAAGGACGCAAACUUACUUUCAUAUCGUCUGCUUCAUGACAACUUUUUACGCAUACAUGAGCUGCGUAAAACUUUAACUCCUUCUCCUGCAAACAAGAUAAUUUAUCUUUUUCAUAUUGAUAUGAAUUCUGUUGUACGCAUGAUUCUUGAGUGGUGCUAUAAAGGCAUAUAUAACCUGAUGGUCCAACGAGAGACGAAGGUUAAUGAUAACCGUCGCUUAUUAGAUAAGCGGACAAGGGUGGACUCGAUAGUUGAAAAUCUUAAACAGACAGGAGGUACCGAGGAACAGAUUCAGGAGGUUGAAGAGAUGAUGACUCCCAGUGAGCGUGCCCUCGUGGAACAGGUAGUUGCAACGCAGGACAAGCUCUUUGAUGCUGAAACAGGCCUUGAUGAAACGAUAUUCAUUCUCCAAAUGUACCUCUAUUAUCAAAUACCUUUAAUAACGACGACUAACAAAAGCUCAGGUCGUGGAAAAUGAUGGUACAAAUUAAAUUUAUAUGCUUUAAAGGAAUGUGAUUUUCAUACUAUUUUACGUUGUAAUAAAAAUGUGACUAUUGAUUAAGUUUUGUAAACAUUAAUCUGUAAAUAGUAGGAUCUGGGUGCAAUUAGUAUGUAUCUGUUGUUUUUACAAACCUGAGGUACUGCAAUGUGCUAUAGAUCUUGUGGUACAGUGUGCUAUGGAUCUGUUAGUGAAGUGUGUUAUAGAGAUCUAUUGUACUGUAGUGCAAUGUUAUGGAUCUUUGGUAGUGCAGCAGAAUGUGGAUUAUUUUGUAUAAAAUAAACUUAUAAAAGUUAAUAUGGUUAAAUUAUUAAAAUUUAUAUAUAAAAUGUUGAAACAUUUAUAUGGUAAUUAAAAUUUCUACAUAAUAAAUUUAAAAAUAAU